GAUCUUUUGUCUAAGUUCAUCGGCCACCGCAUACAAUUUCCUGUCCGGUCAUUUGGGACGAUGUUAUCGACGAUAUAUUGCCAUGCUGAACAAGGCACUUGUAUCCUCAAAUUUCCUGUUACAAACUUCUUCCGCACGUGCGCCAAAGUUCCCCAGAGAGCGGAGCUGACCAUGAUUGACCCGCACCACAACCAGUCUGCGACAUCUCAUGGCGAAGCAACUUCGUUCCAGAGGUGGUUGUCGCGAAUGCCGUCGCAUGCACCGUAAGUGCACGGAAGAGCGACCGAACUGUGAGUACUGCGUCAAGACAGGAAAGUCAUGCUCUUAUGACAAGCCUCUCAAAUGGGGCGGGCGAUCCUUCCGCAAAUCUUGUUUUGGACAAGUACUCUCAACCGGGGCAGUGGUUGAACAGUCUGAACAAGGCUCGAGUACAGAUGCUUUUUCAUUCGUCUACGGUCCCAAUCAACUCGAAUCACCGAAGAGAGACCCUCAGUCACCUGAUAUCGCAGCGAGCCUUCUCGACGACACUGUCAGCUCGGUCGGCCAGCCUUCGAGUCCAGGCACACUAAUUGUCACCACUAGUCCUGUGGGAGAUAUCCCAUAUGCCGGCGAAGUCUCCUCAAGUCUAGCAUUCACGCCUGAUGUGGAUGACACAUCCAGCAUAGCAGACUCGGUUGAGCUUACCUCAUCCCUUGAUCUUGUUUCCACUACUCGUCCCAUCCAACACAUAUCAGGUUCCUUUGAACUGCUACCCAAUCCUGCCUGGCUUCCAUGGCUAUCGAAUGUCGACCGGUCAUUGCUGGACCACUUCACCGUCACUGUAACAAAUUAUUUGUCUUUGCAUCAAACCAUGCAGAACGAUUUCUGUACAGUCCUGCUACCGAUGGCUCUUGAUACCUCCCAUGGAACACACCUACUCUCCGCCAUCCUUGGUCUUUCAGCGAUCCACCAAAUCUCGCUCGGAUCCUACGCGGACGAGGCUUAUCUUGCCCAGUUGCGUUUUACCAGUCUCCAACAACUGCGCCUACAAAACAUUGGCCACAAUGCAAGCGUUGAUGAACAAUCCAUUGCUACCGCUUUGAUGCUGUGUCUGUGCGAUAUUCUGGCUGGAGGCGAAAAGCCUCGAUCUUGGAGAUUGCAUUUGCAAGGGGCUGCGACUAUGAUCAGCAACUACUUUUCGAACCAUGAACCAGACUCGGGCAACAUAUUGGUCCUUUGGAGAUUGUGGAAGUCGCUCCAAUCUCUGUCACUCCUGCUGGGUAAUUCAUCUUUGGAGACUGCGGCAAGGCCAGCCUUGACCUUGGCCCCUCCCAACGAAAGUCAUUACAUCGACGUCUAUGAUGGCUUCUCCACGAAACUCCUCCCUGUAGUUGAUGAGGUCGACACGCUUUACGCAGAGAGUCAAGCAUUGCAGAAACUUGAACUGGCACUUGGAAAUGAUGACUCAGCCGUCAAGGUCUUGCGGAAUGCACACACAACUAGGUCGGAGGCGCUGGUUGCGAAGAUCAACUCCAUGCUAGACGAUCCCGUCAUUGAACUUGAUCCUACCAGCGAGUACUCCGACACCUCAUCCGAUUUCUUUUGCUUGAACGAAGCCUAUCACGUUGCCGUAUUGCUUCAGGUCUACCAAAGAGUGAUGAAUGUCCCUAUCACCGAUGCGGCGGUUCAGUCCGCCGUAAAGCGGGGAGUAAGUUGCCUGAAACAGAUCACCCUCCACGACUUUGCGUCUCCAGGAGUCGCAACUUUGCAACCGCUGUUCAUCAUUGGGUGCGCCGCUCACGAACAGGAAGACCGGCUUUUCGUAAUGGAUUGGGUGGAGAAGAUGAGGCAAAGGUACGCUCUGCGGAACACGGACUCGGCGAGAGACUUCCUACUGGAGCUAUGGCAGGAGCGUGACUCCUUGGGAUCGUCAGGUCCACAACGGCAAUUUCACCAAUUACUCGGUACGUGCAUAUUCCAUGUUCAAAUGCUCGUCGUGGUGACUGACAUUGUUAAAGCUGAGAAAGAAUGGGACCUAUCGCUGUGGUGAGGCUGUGGACUGAAGUGGUCAACGACAAAGCUGGUCAUAAUAUUCGACUGUGCCACUCCAUGGCCGUGAAGAACAACGAUCAUGAUGAUAC